UCGACAUGAUGAUCAAGCGCAUAGCGAAAGCCCACGGUUUUGAUGAAAAUGUUGUUCGGUUGACAUUUGACCGAAUCGGCAGCUUGGAAAAGACGGAUGUGGCAAUGAAGUAUGUGAAAGAGCAUGCUGCUGAUGCUGCUGAGGAUAUAGUCCCGAGACUAGCUGAGGAGGUGGAGCGAUCGAAGAUAUUAGGCGGAUCGGACAUCAUGGAGCCUUUGUCUCGCCGACUACGACGCAGGAGUGGACCCUCGCCUUUGAAAACAAGCUUUGUGUUUUCUCCAGCCGAUGCUGACGAGGAGUCAGAAUAUUCUCCCCCUGAGACUUCUCGUGCUGCUCGUUACAAGCGGAUGUCUCUCGCACGGCAAAGCUUUAGAGACCAAGCGGAUGAAAAUGAAUUCAGUGCGAACGACCCAGAUGAAUCAUCGGAAGAGGAGGAACCCAAGGCUUUGAUUUCGGAGAGCGAGGAUGACGCUGAAACCAGUAGUGCAUUGGUCGAAGCAAUGACAUCCGCUGAGCGCGUUUGGGGAGAGGACGAGGAUAGAGUAUUGGUCUCAGGGGAUAAGGCAGCGUUAGCUGCGCUUACCCGAAGGAUGGGGAAGUCAUCAAUUCGCAGUCGAGCUAUACAGCUGCUUAAUUCCUGGAAGCGAUGAUUUUCUGUCAUUUUUUUCACUUUCAUUCGGUGUAUCGAGCAUUUACAACCCCGCAUUCUCACUUCAGUUGUUUCUUCCUUUUACUGGAGCUUUGAGGCGUAUACUAUCGAGUUUAUUAGAACAAUCCAUGUAUAAUACUGUUCAUUUUCAAUGAACUAUGUCGAUUCA